GAUUACGUCGUAUUUGUUUUUGAAAUAUUAUAGUUGUAUGAAGACCCGGUUUUAUCUGAAGAAACUGUUUUAAUUCAUUAAAUCUUAUCUUCCUAUUUUCUUUUCAUCUUCCCUGUUCUUAAUUUUGCUGAUGACUUGUGCAUAACCUAUAAUUUAAAUCAUUUUGUAGUAUAAGCAAAAACUUAAGUAUCUACUAUUUAUUUAUUUCAAGAUAAGCAGAGUGAUGAGCUCAAGAACACCUAUUGAUCCUUUAUCAUUUUUAAACCGAAAAUAGACGAGAAGUUAAGUAUGAUAUAUUGAUUUGAUUUUGACAUUGCAUUUGUUAUUGUCGCUUAAUAAGGUAAUUGAUCACUUUAUCAGGUGAUUUUGAUUUAUUUAAACCGAAAGUGCAUUUGAAAUAAAAUCGUUUGGAAUUGAAUACAUUGACAGUCAAGUCAAUAAAACUAAGUUUCACAAAAGCUGAAGUAUGGGAAGUAAACCUAGUGCACAAAGACAGAUAAUUGUACCUUACCCAUCUGAAAAUGGCCAGAAUUGCCCUGGUGAAAAUACAGAUUACACCGUAUAUACGGAUAGCGGGAAUAGAGAGGAUUCAAGUUUUGGCGAUCCCCUUUUAGUUACAGCUAUUGAUUUUGGAACGACAUAUUCGGGCUCUGUAUUUUGUUUUAAAGGCUACAAAAAUAGAAUUUUGGCAGGGACGCAGGGUUUCUAUCAAGACGAUGAACGGAUACCGACUGUUAUUUUAUUAAAUCCUGACCAAACUUUCAAUUCCUUCGGAUACGAAGCGCAAGAUACGUAUAGCAAGCUUAAAGAAGAAAAAGCUCAAUAUUUUUAUUUUGAACAUUUCAAAAUGGCGCUGUAUAAGAACAUGGAGUCAUCAUCAAACACAACCACUUUAAUGGAUAUCAGAGGAAGACGAGUAAAAGCAAAAGAUAUUUUUGUAAUGCUCAUUAAAAAUCUGCUUCACCUUGCAAUGGAUAUAGUAAAGGGACUACAAACACGUGAUAUAGCCUGGAUUGUCACCAUACCAGCGUCGUGGUCUGAAUCGUCUAGGAAGCUCGUACAAGAUUCCGUAUUAUCCGUGGGAAUAGAGGAUAAAAAUCUUCAUUUUGUUCUUGAACCCCAUGCGGCAGCCGUGUAUUGUAUGAAUGUGGACACAUCUUCAACUUCUAGUCCUAUGUCAAGGCCCCCCAAAGAACUUCAUUCUGAAUUAGCUGAUACCGCAGAAGAAACGGGCAUAACAGUCGGAGACAAAUGUAUUAUCUUAGAUAUCGGCGGAGGUUCAACAGAUAUUUGGGUUUAUGAAGUAGAAGGUCAAAAUGAAUUAAAAGAAAUGCAUAAAGCUACCGAAGAAAUUGGAGGCAACUCUGUGAAUUCUGAAUUUAUUGAGCUAAUGAAAGGUCUUGUGGGAGAACCCGUCUGGUCCGACUUUCAAGAAGACUAUACUGGUUCCUAUUACACGUUAAUGCGAGACUUUGAUCGGAAGAAACGAUCGUUCUCCAAUGAUGUUGACAGUGUUACAAUGUCGUUAGAAAAUGAGCUUCUGCACGUUCUUAAAGAGACAACAGGAGACACGCUUAGUGACGUCAUAACAAUGAUAGGGGCAGACGACAAAAUAAAAUUCAAAAGUCAUCUCAAUAAAGUAACUCUGGAUAAAGAGACAAUGGAAGAACUGUUCGAAAAGUCUGUUGACGCAAUUGUACAACUAAUAGAGAAAACUCUGCGUGUCUGUCAGAAAUGGAGUGUACAUACCAUGUUUAUGGUGGGAGGGUUUUCCGAAUCUCCUUAUCUAAGGGAAAUAAUAAGAUCAAAAUUUAGCGAAAUAAGAGUUGUCUUUCCUGACGAUGCAAAGCUUGUCGUUCUGAGAGGGGCAGUGAUUUUGGGAUAUCAGUCACAAUAGGCGGUACACAGUUUUAACUAGAACUCCGCGAGUCGGAUGUGUCGCCUUGUGAACAAUGUAGUUUAGGGGAAAUGGCCAGGACAAAAAUGAAAAAUGAAAAAUAACAAAGGGCAAUAACUAAAAAAAUAAUAAGUGCAGAGCAGCAGUUUCUGUACACUGCACUUCUUAUCAAUAAGAUCUAUCAUUCUAUGAUGUUUCAAGUCCAUAGCUUUCAUACUUGAGGAGAAAUGACCAGGACAAAAAUAAAGUAAGAAAAUCAACAAAGGGCAUUAACUCAAAAAUAAGAAAUGCAGGGUAUCAGUUCUUAUGCACUGCACUUCUUUUUAAUGAGAUCUAUCAUCCUAUGAAGUUUCAAGUCCAUAACUUUUAUACUUUCAGAGAAAUGGCCUGGACAAAAAUCAAGUAUGAAAAUUAACAAUGGGCCAUAACUCAAAAAAUAAAAAAUGCAGAGUACCAGUUCUUGUGCACUGCACUUCUUCUUAAUGAGACCUAUCAUCCUAUGAAGUUUCAAGUCCAUGGCUUUUAUACAUUAGGAGAAAUGACCCGGACAAAAAUAAAGUAUGAAAAUU